UAUUUUAAAGGGCUAAUAAUUAGAGAAAAAGGCAACGAAACCUUUACGUCAUUAUCCCACUCCACUCCAAGACAAAAUUUUGCCUUCGCCUUAUUUCGCGCGACCAAAGAUGGCGGGUGAUGUGAAAAGCGAUGACUAAAAUGUUUUUUGAAAUUGAACGAAAUUCAAUGCAAAAUUUACACGUCAGUCGCAGAUAUCAUAAUGUAAACACUCCGAUUGUCAAAGUGACGAUUCAAAUCUCCGUGUUUGUGCAAAAAGAGAAAACUUUGUGAUCGGUCGAAGGAAAAGUCUUGCAAUUUGUGAGAUCGACCAUGUUUCAACGUCGUAGAAGAGGUCCUGGUAUCGGUCUGUUAUUUUUAAUCAGCCAGCUAUACAACAUCGGGUUCAACAGGAUUCCUCCAGUGACACUCUCGUUUAUCGGUAUAAACGUCGCAGUUUAUCUUCAGCUAUUGAAAAGUCUUCCACCUCUUGGGAAAGCUUGUGUCAGUGCUCAUCACGUCUGGUUUCAUGGCGACUGGAAGCGUCUCAUUCUCGCUGCAUUUUACCACUUGGACGACUUCCAUCUGUACUACAACAUGGCUUCGUUCGUUUGGAAAGGCAUGUCACUUGAAAGAAGAAUGGGAAGCUCAAGAUUCUUGUACGUCUUGGCAGUGUUUACCGCCUUAACAAACACGGUGCUGGUUGCACUGGACAUUGCUCUGGCGAACAUAACAGAAGAUUACUCGUACAUUUACACUUGUGCUGCCGGAUUUUCAGGAGUUAUAUUCGCCCUGAAAGUUCUUACAACUUACCACCUACCCUCUGGUGUAUCUAUGGUGAUGGGUAUGUUCCCCGUACCCAUGAGAUGGGCUUGCUGGGUCGAGUUGAUUGUGAUUCAGCUGUUAGUCCCUCAUGCCUCAUUUACUGGUCAUCUGGCAGGUAUUCUUGUUGGAAUGAUGUACGUGAAAGGUCCUCUGAAGUAUUUCAUGGAUAAAGUCAGUGGUGCAGGUGGGUGUCUCCUAUUAUUAUAGUGUUUGCAGUAACGUUUUCAGCAAGCAUUGUAUUCCAGUAGAUAGGAGUGAAAAGAUGGCCCAGGGUGCAUUCUGCCAGACUUUCAUGUCGAAGAUACCCCCAAGGCUUUUUAAAUUCCACACCACAUGCCUGGCAAGCGACCAAAGUGCCAUGCCGAAGAAUGCUAUUUUAAAAACGCUACCGGUAACCCAAAGCAGGUGGGAAAAUUUGGACUCAUGUGGAUGGUAUAACAUGUGUGUUAUCAGCCAGGAUAUGGGGGAUAAAGAAAAGUUAAGAGGCCAUUGUUAUCAGGCCAAGUCACAUUGCAUAAUUUAGCAUUUAUAUGCCAGAACCAGCAAAUAUAAAUGUGUACACGGCUAUAUGCCGGCAGGUUUCUUUCACAGGUCACAGGUCACAGGUCACCAAAAAAUAUGCCAAAACGUUAUAAAACAGAUGCAUACAAGUGCGUCCCAAGUGCAACUAUACCAGCUCUUUUCUGAAAAAAAAAA